AAAAUAACAAGUCGGAGGGAAUCAUUGUCAAAGUGGGAAAUCAAGAAAAAUAAAUAAAAUAAAAUAAAACCUCAAAAAAAUUCUCUCAUUUUCAUUUCACACUCUAUCAUCAAUUUCAUCAUAUGCCCAUCUCCCAAGUUCCUUCCUUUUCCCAAUUUCCCAUCACGAAACCAUGGAGCCCUCCACCGUCUCCUCCACUCCACCUUCCCCUUCUUCAACCAACUCAAUUUUCACUACCGCCGGAUUAUUAUAAUUCUAUUUUCCCUCGACGAAAUCUCCGACCUUCAUAACCCAAUUCCCAAUUUUCUCUUCUCCAAAAACACAUAUGUAAUACCAUGUUGGCCACUUUCCUCUUCCUCCUGACCACAAUUCCCUCUCUCCUUCCCUCCAUCACUCCGGCCGCCGCCGCCGGAGGCGACCACCAACUCUCCGCCGCCUCCACCUGCGUCACCACCUGCGGCGCCACCCACCUAAACUACCCGUUCGGAUUCUCCCCGGGAUGCCACGUCCGCCUCACCUGCUCCCCGGCCGGACAGCCCUUCAUCGGAGAAUUCCCCGUCUCCGCCGUCGACAACUCCACCAUCAGGAUCAACAUCAACCCCACCUGCGGCCGGCCCAUCGCCGUCCUUCAAUCGCUCUUCACCAAAAACUACGCCCCCAAAUCCAGCAACGCGAUCCUCCUCCACAACUGCACCGACGUGUGGACGUGCAACAUCCCGACGAUCGACGUCCAGACCCACUUCGAGCCGGUCAACUCGGUCAACUGCUCCGGCCGACCCGGGGGGACCAACGGCAGCCUCAGCUGCUUCUCCGACUCGCUGACGUGGAACGGGCUGUUCGAUUACGCCAACAUGACGCGCCACACGGACUGCGAGUACCUGAUGUCGUCGAUCUCGGUGGAGUAUGCGGUGGCCGGGGAUCAUACCUCCGGCGUGUCGCUGGAGGUCCAGAUGAUGGAGCUCGAGUGGUGGAUGGACGGCAGGCGUUGCGCCACGUGUUCGGAGGAUGCCGAGUGCCGGGUCGUGAAUACGACAGACUGGAGGCGGCCCGGGUAUCGGUGUGGAUGCCGGCGUGGGUUCUCCGGCGACGGGUACCGCGAUGGCGUCGGCUGCCGCAAAGACUCAUGCAGAUCCUCUGAAUACUUGCUGGGCUACUGCAGACCCAUUGGUAUUGCCAUCUUAACUGGAGGAUUCGGCGCAGCAACAGCGCUAAUCCUCGGCCUCGCCUUCGCCUGCUGCUUCAUCCGAAGGCGAUCGGCCUCGAACGCCGAAAGCUCCACGAAGCGCCGAUUAGCCGAAGCCAAAGGGAUCAACAUCACAAUCUACCAGUACAAAGAAAUCGAGAGAGCCACCAACGGGUUCUCCGACACACAGAGGCUCGGAACAGGGGCAUACGGCACCGUUUACUCCGGCAAACUGCACCACCGCGGUGGCAGCGACUCCUCGUUGGUCGCGAUCAAGCGCAUCAAGAACCGCGACACCGAGAGCAUCGAGCAGGUCCUGAACGAGAUCAAGCUGAUCUCGUCGGUCAGCCACCCGAAUCUGGUUCGAUUGCUGGGUUGCUCCAUCGAACGAGGCGAGCAAAUCCUCGUCUACGAGUUCAUGCCCAACGGCACCUUGAGUCAGCAUUUACAAAGGGAACGUGGGGAUGGGCCGUUGUCGUGGCCCGUCCGCCUCGCGAUCGCUCUGGAAACGGCCCAAGCCAUAGCCCAUCUACACUCGGCAAUCGACCCGCCCAUUUAUCAUAGAGACAUUAAGACCAGCAACAUAUUGUUGGACCUGGAUUUCAAGUCCAAAGUUGCCGAUUUUGGGCUUUCCAGGCUGGGGAAGCCCGGGAUGCCCGAGAUCUCGCACAUCUCCACCGCGCCGCAGGGGACGCCCGGCUACCUCGACCCGCAGUACCACCAGAACUUCCAUCUCUCCGACAAGAGCGACGUCUACAGCUUUGGAGUCGUUUUGGUAGAAAUUAUUACGGCGAUGAAGGCCGUGGACUUCUCCCGGCCGUCGAGCGAGGUCAAUCUGGCGAAUCUGGCCGCGGAUCGGAUAGGCAGCGGGCGGCUGGAUGAGAUCGUGGAUCCGUUUCUGGAUCUGAAUUCCGACGCGUGGACGCUCUCUUCGAUUCACCGAGUGGCGGAGAUCGCGUUCCGGUGUCUGGCGUACGACAGGGAGCUGCGGCCGGGGAUGAUUGAGGUCGCGGCAGAACUGGAGCAAAUUAGGGAUUGCAGAUCGGCGGAGUCAAGGAAGAGCCACGGCGACAGUAGCGGGGGUGGGUUGGGGUCGGAGAUCUCGCCGUGCUGUUCGUCUUCGUCGACGAAUGAUAGUGAGAAGCCGCUGAGUUUGAGUUUUUAUAAAGGUGAGAUGCGCAGCGACUGUUUGGUUGUGGUGAGGACGGAGACGGAUUGUGUGAAGGCGGCGGAGAGAUCGGUUAAGGAAUAUUCGCCGGUGUCUGUUCGGGACCCGUGGCUCAGUGAGCAGAGCUCGCCCGGAUCGAACAGCUUCCAGAAUGGCGGCGGCGGAGUAGCUCGGUGACUGGGGGGCGAGAUCCGUUUGAUUGAUUUAGAACCGCGUGAAAAUUGUACAAAACUUUUAGCUUUUAUGUUAGUGCUAUUUCUUUUUUUGGCAGUUUAUAUUAGUUCUUUGUGAUUCACAUAGGCUGGGCUUUAAAAAGGGAAAAGCGAAGCGAAUGAGCUGUUUCUACCGGGCUCUCCGGACCGAACAACUAUGUGCUCGUCAACUUUCACGGUCAUGGAUGGAAAUUGGUCGUGUUUCUCAUAUCCGGACUCUUAGCCAUGGAUGAUAGUAGAUUAGUACUUAGUAGUUAAAUUUUGAGCGACUUCCGUCCGACGAUUAAGGUUGUAUUCGUUGGAAGUUCGUAAACAUAAACAAAACAAAAAACUAGUACCACACUUAAUUUAUCAUUUGAUGAGCCC